AUGGGAGACCGCACUCAAUUCAUUCCUCCACACUGGGGAGAUAAUGUAUUACCAAAUAUGCCAUUUUUCCAUCGGUUGCUGCGCUACGCGCAACGCAAGCCUUCUCCCGUUGCGAUUCGAGAUUUGAACGCUGGUCUGGAAAAGUCAUACCACCAUCUUCUUUCAGACGUCUUGGCUCUGCGAAAGAUAUUAGAGGGGAAAUUGGGCCCUGAAACGCGGCGAGAACUGGCUGCCGACAAAGAAGUGUACAUUGGACUGCUUGCUCCGGGGGGCUAUGAGUAUACUGUCGGCUUCAUGGCUAUUCUUGCGCUUGGUGCAGCUGUGGUACCAAUGGCUGCUGUCUUACCUGCCGAAGAAGCAUCUUACUUUCUGCUGAAAGCUCGAUGUGUUGCUCUUCUCUCCAGCACAGCCAGCGAGCAAACCGCCAAAUCAGUUGUGCAAUUCGUUUCAGAAAGUAAAGGUGUACAGAUUCCCUGUAUAUCACCAAUCGCAUCAUACUUCCGACCAACACUCCUCCCAGCAGAUGAAGCAAUCGUGUCAUCGGACCUGGUACCAGAUAUGAAUGGCGCAGCUCUGGUGAUCUUCACCUCUGGCACAACAGGGCCCCCAAAAGGCGCUGUGCAGCGCCGCAGCUACUUGACCGGUAGUGGCGAGGCCGAUAUGGACCAUUACCGUAUUACAGAGCAGGAUACCGUCCUCCAUGUUCUCCCUGUUCAUCAUGCUUCAGGCGUGGGACUUACAUUCCUUCCCUUCCUGACUGCUGGUGCAUGCAUCGAGUUCCGCAGCGGAAGCUUCGACUCGGCUUGGACGUGGGAACGCUGGCGUCAGGGUGGGCUUUCGUUCUUUUCUGGUGUGCCCACCAUCUAUAUGCGCCUGAUGCGAUACUUUGAAGAGAAUAUUGCGCAUCAGCCUACAGAGAUUCAGGAUCAGUAUAUUGCCGGUGCGCGUGGUCUUCGAGCUAUGCUGUGUGGCACUUCUGCGCUUCCGGGGCCGGUUCAGGAUUUCUGGAACCGGAUUCGGGAGAAGCCUAUCCUCACUCGAUAUGGAGCUACUGAGUUUGGGGCGGUCAUCAAGACUGAUCUUGACUCUGGGGACGCUCCGAAGAAUAGUGUUGGGCGUGUGGCCGAAGCUGUGUCGCUGAAGCUUGCUGAUGAUGGACAUCUUUUAGUCAAAUGUCCAUAUAUGUUCUCCAAAUAUCUGUUUGACGAGAAAGCAACGGCAGAUGCCCAUGAUGCAGAUGGGUACUUUAAAUCGGGUGACAUUGCCCGCCGCGAAGGGAAAUAUUAUUUCAUCCUCGGUCGUGCCUCGAUCGACAUCAUCAAAUCUGGAGGAUAUAAAAUCUCUGCGUUGGAUAUCGAGCGCGAGAUCUUGGGUCUGGACUACGUUUCAGAGGUCAUGGUUGUCGGUGUUGCAGAUGAGGAAUUUGGCCAACGCGUUGCUGCCACUGUUAGUCUUAAGCAAGAUCGCAACACAACACGCAAGGACUUGACCCUCGCGGAGCUUCGUCAUGACCUACGGAGUCACAUCGCUGGGUAUAAGAUGCCAACUAUUCUCCGGGUUGUCCAGGGGGAACUUCCCAAGUCGGGCACGGGAAAGGUUCAGAAGAAGAUCUUGGGCCCUCAGCUGUUUCCCUCGAACUAUCGCGAAUUGCCUGAUGUUCAGACUUGGGAUAGACAGAGUCAGGCUAAGCUGUGA